AUGGCAGCAAAUCGUACUAUCAGGCCAGCCCUGAUUGUGGUGGACAUGCAAGAAGAUUUCUGCCCUCCACAUGGGUCACUCGCCGUCCAAGGAGGCCGCGACAUUGCCUCGAUAAUCAACACUCUACUUGCAAAGCCAGGAUUUGUCGCGCGCAUCUUGACCAAAGACUACCACCCAAAGGACCAUAUCUCAUUUGCCAGUAACCACCCAGGGCCUGACAACCAGCCCUUCACUUCAUUCGUCACAAUGAAAAACCCCGCUCUAGGAAAGGAAUCAGAAACAAAACCACAGCAACUCUGGCCCGUCCAUUGUGUGGCUGGCACCUCCGGCGCAGAUAUUAUCCCAGAGAUUGACACCUCUAGUGAACAUAUAAUUGUUCAGAAAGGUAUGCGUCCUGAAGUCGAGAUGUACUCUGUAUUUGCGGAUAGUUUCGGAAACUGCGAUCACGGUACCAACGCACAUUCGGUCAGCAUAGAUGUUGCCGCAGCUCUCAAGAGUCAAGGCGUUACAGAUGUGUUUGUUGUGGGCUUGGCUGGGGACUAUUGUGUUAAGGCUACAGCUCUUGAUGCUGUCAAGGUUGGAUUCAGAAGCUGGGUUGUUGAGGAAGGAACCAAGUGUGUCGUGCCUGCUGGUUGGGAUGCUGUUAAGGAGGAACUUGGGACUGCCGGGGUGUCUACUAUCUCUAUGAAUGACCCCAUUAUCAGGGAUCUGUGA